UUGUAUGCAUGGUACAGAUCCCUACCCCAUAUCAAAGUAAUAGGUCACCUUUUCAUUUCCGGACUGAUCCCGAGACGCCCUCCAAUUGACAGAGCAGAAAGAAUAAUGAUUCGAUUCAUCUUAAUUCAGAACCGUGCUGGUAAGACUAGGCUUGCCAAAUGGUACAUGGCAUUUGAUGAUGAAGAGAAGCAAAAGUUGAUUGAAGAAGUCCAUGCCCUGGUAACAGUCCGAGAUGCUAAACACACUAACUUCGUAGAAUAUCGUAACUUCAAGAUUGUCUACAGGAGAUACGCCGGUCUCUACUUUUGUAUCUGUGUAGAUGUAGGAGAUAACAACUUAGCCUACCUAGAAGCUAUACACAACUUUGUGGAGGUCUUGAAUGAAUAUUUCCACAAUGUUUGUGAGCUGGAUUUAGUCUUCAAUUUUUACAAGGUAUACUCAGUUGUGGAUGAGAUGUUCUUAGCUGGUGAGAUCAGAGAGACAAGUCAGACCAAGGUUCUUAAACAAUUAAGCAUCCUUGGACAGUUAGAAUGAAAUACACUUAUUCCAAUCUAAUAGUUUAAUCAAUUGUGAAUUCUUCAAAAUGUCUUCUACACUGAUUUCACCGGUAUGCAAUAAUAUUCUUUAAUCAACCAUACCAUGACACAUACACACGGUUGCAUCUUGGUAUUAAUAAUGCUUAUUGACAAUAAUGUCGGAGGUUUUUAUUGAAAUCUUGCUUUGAACUUGAAAUGGGACUGUUUCAUAUAGUGUUUCAAUCAAACACAAUUCCGAAAAUUAAAUUCAACACAAUUUUCAACCAAUCAGAAUUGUGCAUUCAGGAAAUAAACAACAAAUCCUUCUGCAGUGGAUUCCAAUGAGUUUUCAAAUACAAUUUGUGCUGUCUUUGCCCAAACCAUGUUUUUUUUCUGGGAGGUACACAUUGCCCUUGUAUAUAUAUCAAUCAUAAAAUUUCAAUAGUUUAAAAUGCACAAUAAAGUCUUACACUGUCACACUGACUCUUUUUUGAAGUACUUCUAAAGGAUUAUUGUAGUUGAUAUGGUAGGUGAUGCAGUGUUUGGAGACAUUUUGAGUAUAUUCUAGCUUUUUAUUAUUGAUAUGUAUAGAUAUAUGAUAAGAAACUUGUAUAGUAAGUCUAUUACUGUAUGUUGUAUUAUCCAUGUAUAUAUUUUAUGUGACCAUUGUCUGAAUUCUCCCAACUAUUCCAAACAUAUUUGUUGUCGUAGUUGAUGACACUGUUAUUCUGUUUGUUGAAUCAUGAAUUUACGCUGAAAUUGCAAAUAAAUUCACAGGUCAAUGAAAUUUUUAUUAUGUCUGUAACAUCAGAGACCAAUUUAGGUAUAAAUUUUAGUAGUUCCUGAAAAAUGUUUAAAACUUUCUCUUCAAUUCAUUGCCAGGGCCCUGUUACAUAAGCCAGAGAAAACUUGGUUUCAUAAUUUACUUAUUUUUACUCUGUCAACCUUGAAAAAGAAGAAAGGCAAUGGGCUGAUUCAGCACUGUUGACAUUUCUUUGAUAAAUUUGUAACACAACAGGCACUCAAGCUACGCUUCAGGAUUUUUUUUUCUUUUUGAGUCUCUCAUAUGUUAAAAACCUUAUUUUUAUUUUUCAAAUAUCAGUGAAAGAAGGUUUUACUUUCAUGGAUCAUACAAUAAACUCCUGUGUAAUUUAUAUGUCAGUUUGAUAUGUUAAACCAUGUUUUAUAUAAUAUUAUCGCAUAUAUAUGUCAAAAGACCAUGUCUGCUAGUAUCCAGUUUAUAUUUUAAUGCAAUAGUGAGUAAAUGUGUAUUGGUUAUUAUUAUAUGAUGUACAUGUAUUUUCAAUAUUGUGACAACAUUCUAGCACCAAAGCCAAAUUUGUUUGUGAUUGUUCAUACUCUCUGAAUUAUUCAAUAAAAUUGUGCUUUGUGAAAAUAUA